AAAUGAUUGAGAAACUUGUCAAUAUGGUAUCAAAUCCUUCUGUUCCAUAUUCCUAUGCCCUAAGCUGUCCUGUUGGUAAAAACUUAAGUGAAGAAAGAUUCGGUAAACAUUCAUAUAAAGAGAGAUAUCUUUACUUAUAUAAACAGAAAAAGUGGAAAUUACUAGAUAAAUAUAUAGUUAAUAAUAAUAAAUUUGUUAGAAUGCCUUACGUUGCCUAUUUUCAGCAUCUGAAAAAACCACAUGUAAAAAUUAAACUUAUUGGAUGUCAUACACAGCCAGAACAUGCAUACAACGAAAUUAAAGCACUAGUGACUGAUGUAUAUGCUUAUGUUAAACAAAAAUCGGUAAAAAAGAAUGGUCUUUCUCGUUUAUUAAGUUUAUUAUGCUUGAAUACAAAAGAAGCACCAAUUUUUGGAGAAAAUUGCGAACAUAUAAUUCUAAUGGGUGAUUUUAAUGCUUCUGGUUCUUAUCUUAAUAAAACAAAGCAAGCAGAAUUAGAUAAAAUUUUGGCUCAAAAGAAUUUAAUUUGGGGGAUUAGUCAUUCAAGUGAUAUUUCUGUUGCCUCUAAACGUGCAACCUAUGAUAGAUUCAUCUUUGAG